CUCGAAAACAACGCCAGGAGAGCGAAAAUCGACUCCAUUGCCUUCUGAGUCAGAUCGAAGGAGAAAGGAAAGUUGGUCAUGCAAUUGUCAUGCACUGUAUAGUUUGGUCUACUGUCCCCUCCCCUGAAGAAAACAAUUUUGAACGGAGAGGAAGCUGGUGCAAGCAACAGGUUUCGCGGGAACCUCGCGGGUCUUUUGUGAGCGCAACAUGGCGUCGUUACAGAUGUUGUUCCACUCUGUUUUUAUCGUAACGGCUUUGAAUAUCUCCCUUAUAAUGGCUGCUCUACCUGGCAUGUUAUUUCCUAAAGAUUCUGAGAGAAGAGAAGUCAAGGACCUCAGUGGUAUGUGGGAUUUUCGCGCCGAUAUGUCAGUCAACAGAAAUGGCGGCUUCGAGAAUAUGUGGUUUGCUAAACCACUGUGGCAGAUUCGUGGUAAAGGUCUUGAUUACGCCAUGAUUGCUAAGGACUUCAACCUGCUCAAGUGGCUGGGUGCAAACAGCUUUAGGACGAGUCACUAUCCCUAUGCUGAUGAAAUCAUGGACAUGGCUGAUAGAGAAGGAAUCGUGGUUGUAGAUGAGUGUCCUGGAGUUGGCAUUAGACCCAACAACUUGGGUGAAGAAUCCUUGGCACAUCACAAAGUGGUCAUGGAGGAGCUGAUCCGCCGCGAUAAGAACAGACCAGCGGUUGUCAUGUGGUCAGUAGCCAAUGAACCGUGCAGUGACAAGCAAAAAUCUGUUCCCUACUUCAAAGCUCUGUUUGACCUGACUCGCCAACUGGAUUCUACGCGACCAGUGACGUUUGUUACCAUGUUCAAAGCUUGGAACGAUAAAGUUGUGCAGUUCUGUGAUGUGAUUUUUUGCAACCGCUAUUACGCCUGGUACCACGACUUUGGACAAACUCAACUUAUUUCGAAACAGGUGGAGCGGGAACUCAGAGACUGGUUUGAUACUCACGCCAAACCGGUUGUACAGGCUGAGUAUGGAGCGGAUACUGUGGCUGGUAUGCACGUGGUACGUGCCUACAAAUUUGACGUUAUGAGUCUCCAUAUGGAGAAAAUGUUUUUACUGGGUCGCUGAGCGUUUUCUUUUAGCUAGUUAAAGUGAUUAUUGGCUAGCUUCUCCCUUUUAAUUGUUUAAAGGCGUGUAACUUUUUCAGUCGCAGGAAUAAGGAGUGUUUUUUGCAAAUACGAUAAGAGUUUAUAAGGUCCGCGUUCUCUGAACGCUGCCUGUUAUGUGCAAUUCGAAGCAAUUACCGA